UCCAUGGCGGCCGUAUCGCCUCCUAAGGCUCCUUGGCGUUUUAGACAGAUGCUAUUAGGGUUUCACUCGCUCUCCACCAAAGUUUGAUUUCUCUCUCUCUCCCUCUCGUCUUCUUCUCAAACCGAGACGCUUACGUACGCCAUGGAUCCUUCCGUCGCUGGCAACCCUGAAUUGAUGCGAAUGCUCAACCAAGAAAAGGAAAGGGCGAUGGUGAAUGAGAUGGUGGCGAAGCUGACGAGCGUGUGCUGGGACAAAUGCAUCACGGGCACGCCCGGGAGCAAGUUCAGCUCGAGCGAAACCUCUUGCCUCACUUACUGCAGUCAGCGUUAUAUGGAUCUGAGUAUGCUCAUCAUGAAACGCUUUCAGUCCAUGCAGUGAAAAAGAAAAACCCUUUUAGAUGUUCUUCUGUCUUUGCCCUCUCCAUUCCUGUCACCAGAGUAGAAAUCAUUCAAAACCCUUUUUCUCUCCGUGACGAGUUAAAGACUAAUAUGGAACGAACCUGGAAUAACUUCUUUCUUCUUGUUUUUUUUU